AAUCUUCGGGCUCCGAGUGUCAUUAGCAACUGAUUUGGCACUUAGGAUUUCAGAAUUGGGGAAAACACCCGCCAAAACCCAAAAGGAGAAAACACACAGACAACAGUUUCAACUUUUAUUGGUGUAAGGUUAAUUUCUUUGAGGAAUUGCAGUUGUGGAGGCGACCCAUUCUAGCUAAGGAGAUGUAUGCAAAGAAGGCGUGCGAAUUAGUGAAAGAAUUUUCGAGCAGCGAAUCUGGGCAGCUUUCAGCUUUCAAUAGUGAUGUGUUUGCUCAAGUAAUUGAAGAAUGCAAUACUCAUUUCAGUCAGCUCCAAUCCUUGCUGAGCAAAAUGCAAGAAGAAGGGUUGGACAACCAAACAGCUAGAAAUGCGGACCACUUUGGAGCACUCAUCCAUCACCUUUCUUUAGUCCGUAACAAGCGCUGCCUUAUGGCUUAUGUAUAUAACCGAGCAGAAGUCAUUCGAAGUUUGGGCUGGAUAAAAGAGGCUCCACUUCCUGAAGGAAUACAAGAGAAGCUCAGCAGUUCGGAGAAAGAUUAUUCGCAGAAUCAUUCCGCAACUAUUAGAUCCUAUCAGUUAGAAAUGGAUAUUGAUUUGGCUGUGGAUAUGGUGCCUCCUAAAGAUCCAUACAUUAAGGUUCGUGUCCUCGAGGACAUUGGCAGUGUGGCACUCAGUGAUCAGAUAGCCAACCUUGCUCGCCAUGCAAUUCUCUUUCUUAGACGAACUGAUGCUGAGACCUACAUCUCACAGGGCCUGAUGGAAGAGCUUACAGAUUGAGCCAUCUAUUUGUUUCUCUUACAGCAUACAACAACGUUUUCUGAAGUAUCCAGAACCAAUCAAGGUCAACCAUGGGUUGGCCGAUGUGAUUGAUAUUGAAAGGUCCAAAGUAGCAAAAUCUGUGGAAAAACAAGCUGGAGUGCUGUGGACCAAUGGUGACCUCCCCUAACUGCUCACCAAAUUUGUAAAAUUUUAUCAUUUGCACUUUCAUUCAGGUGUUAACGAGAAGUUUAUAUGUUUGAUGGUGUGAUCUUCAAAUCUAAUGUAUGAUUUGCUGCCCUUUCGUUA